GCACUGUGGGGCGGGCGCGCGGGCAGGCUGGGCGUCCGCGCAGGCGCUCGCUGUCCGGGCUUCGCUCAGGCGCUGGCUGCUAGGCGUUCUUCGCGUCUCUUGGUCCGGGUUUGGGGCCGCGCGCCGGCGGCGGCACCAUGUUUCUUCAUUCAGUCAAUCUCUGGAACCUGGCGUUUUAUGCCCUUAUGGUCUUCAUGGCGACCCUGGGGCUGUGGGACGUCUUCUUCGGCUUCGAGGAGAACAAGUGCAGUAUGAGCUAUAUGUUUGAGUACCCGGAGUAUCAGAAAAUAGAACUUCCAAAGAAACUGGCAAAACGCUAUCCUGCAUAUGAAUUAUAUCUUUAUGGAGAAGGAUCCUAUGCUGAAGAGCACAAAAUUCUCCCUUUGACGGGUAUUCCAGUUCUCUUUCUUCCUGGUAAUGCUGGAAGUUAUAAGCAAGUCCGUUCUGUUGGCUCUAUUGCACUUAGAAAAGCAGAAGACAUUGACUUCAAAUACCACUUUGACUUCUUUAGUGUGAAUUUCAAUGAAGAACUGGUGGCACUGUAUGGUGGAAGUCUUCAGAAACAGACCAAGUUUGUACAUGAAUGCAUUAAAACAAUUCUCAAACUCUAUAAGGGUCAAGAAUUUGCUCCAAAAAGUGUGGCAAUAAUUGGUCAUUCUAUGGGUGGCCUUGUUGCAAGAGCAUUGCUUACAUUGAAAAAUUUUAAACAAGAUCUGAUAAAUCUUCUUAUUACACAAGCUACACCUCAUGUUGCUCCUGUGUUGCCAUUGGAUCGUUUCAUAACAGAUUUUUAUAUGACUGUAAACAACUAUUGGAUUCUAAAUGCUAGACACAUAAAUUUAACCACACUUUCUGUAGCUGGAGGAUUCCGGGAUUACCAAGUUCGUUCAGGACUGACUUUUCUUCCAAAAUUAAGCCAUCAUACCAGUGCCUUAUCUGUUGUGAGUUCAGCAGUGCCUAAGACCUGGGUCUCAACAGACCACCUCUCCAUUGUGUGGUGUAAGCAAUUGCAAUUGACUACAAUUCGAGCAUUCUUUGAUCUUAUUGAUGCUGAUACUAAACAAAUAACUCAAAAUCCCAAGAAGAAAUUGUCAGUUUUGAAUCACCACUUUAUAAGACAUCCAGCAAAACACUUUGAGGAAAAUCCAGCAAUAAUUUCUGACUUAACAGGGACAUCUAUGUGGGUUCCAGUAAAAGUGUCCAAAUGGACCUAUGUGGCUUAUAAUGAAUCUGAUAAGAUAUAUUUUACGUUUCCUCUUGCAAAUCAUAGAAAAAUCUACACUCAUGUAUAUUGUCAGAGCACCAUGCUGGAUACAAAUAGUUGGAUAUUUGGCUGCAUAAACAGCACUUCUAUGUGCCGGCAAGGGAUUGAUUUAUCAUGGAAAGCUGAACUGCUGCCAACAAUUAAGUCUCUGACAUUAAGACUUCAAGACUAUCCUUCUUUGUCUCAUCUUGUGGUUUAUGUACCAUCUAUUCAUGGAAGUAAGUUUGUUGUGGAUUGUGAAUUCUUUAAAAAAGAGACGAGAACCAUUCAGCUUCCUGUAACUCAUCUUUUUUCCUUUGGACUCUCUUCAAGGAAAGUGUUAUUAAAUACAAGUGGCCUGUUUUAUAAUAUAGAACUUCUAAACUUUGGACAGAUAUACCAAGCUUUUAAAAUCAACGUAGUGAGCAAGUGCUCAGGAGUAAAAGAAGAAAUAACUAGUAUCUAUAAACUUCAUAUUCCUUGGUCUUAUGAGGAUUCACUAACUAUUGCACAGGUACCAUCUUCCACAGAAAUUUCUCUGAAACUCCAUAUUGCUCAACCAGAAAACGAGAGCCAGGUAGCAUUAUUAAAAAUGUACACAUCUUCAGACUGUCAGUAUGAAGUGACAGUUAAGACUUCCUUUUCACAAAUUCUUGGACAGGUAGUUAGAUUUCAUGGUGGAGCUCUUCCUGCUUAUGUUACAUCUAGUAUCCUUCUUGCUUAUGGAGGACAGUUGUACUCUCUUUUCUCAACAGGUCAUUGCUUAGAAUAUGCUACUAUGUUGGAUAAACAAGCCAAGCCAUAUAAAGUUGAUCCUUUUGUACUUAUGAUUAAGUUUCUGUUGGGAUAUAAAUGGUUUAAGGAAUUAUGGGAUGUGUUAUUGUUGCCAGAAUUAGAUGCCAUCGUUUUAACUAGUCAGAGUAUGUGUUUCCCCCUUGUAUCCUUGAUUCUCUUUCUGUUUGGAACAUGUACUGCCUACUGGGGUGGUCUACUUUCUUCUACAUCUGUGAGACUCCUUUCUUCAUUGUGGCUAGCUUUGAAAAGGCCCCCUGAACUUCCUAAAGAUAUCAAGAUGAUAUCACUAGACUUGCCCUUUUUGACCAUUGUUUUGAUCAUAGUUAGUUGGACAACUUGUGGAGCAUUUGCCAUACUUCUUACUUAUCUUUAUUAUGUGUUUAAGAUUGUUCAUCUGCAAGCCAGCCUAGCAACUUUUAAAAAUAGCCAGACUGUGAAUCUCAAACACUCUAGAAGAAAUGAAAAAAAAUCAAAUCACCAUAAAGACUCUACAGUACACUAUCUUCAUUUAUCUGCCAAUGAUGCUGAAGAUAGUCUUCGUAUGCACAAUACUGUGAUUAACUUAUUAACAUGGAUUGUAUUACUCAGCAUGCCAUCUUUAAUUUACUGGUUAAAGAAUCUCAGGUAUUACUUUAAACUUAGUCCUGAUCCGUGUAAACCUUUGGCAUUUAUCCUUAUUCCAACUAUGGCAAUUCUUGGAAAUACUCACACCGUUUCAAUAAAAUCCAGUAAAUUGUUGAAGACUACUUCACAAUUUCCACUUCCUCUGGCUGUUGGUGUAAUUGCUUUUGGGUCAGCACACUUAUACAGGGUUCCAUGCUUUGUUUUCAUUCCUCUUUUACUCCAUGCGUUAUGUAACUUUAUGUAAGACUGGAUUUAAGGAAUGAUAAAAAUAAUUUAUAUCAUUAGAGUCAGUGUUAAGAGGGAAUGCACACAUCCAUGAAUGUGGAUGACAAGAUCCUUUGGAGAAGACAGGUCUAUUUUUACAAUAUUGAAAAUAGGAAAUUAGUUUUAUAAUGCUUGAGGAAAAUAGUUGAAGCAUGGUUUAGUUUUGUGGUAUGGCAUCUAAGUACUAGUCAUUUUUGAAAAAUUAGUAAAAGGAUAUGGUGGCCACUGUUUUUGAGGACUUCUCUGCAUAACAGCUAUUCUGCUUGAUCGGCCAUACUGGGGAUCUUCUAAACACUGAGUAAAUGUAGCAUUGCUUGUAAUCUCAACUCAAGCAUUCUGCUCAUUUCAUCAAACUUUCUUCUGAAAAGUAGAUUGCUCUGUAUUUGCUACAGUAUGCAUAUUGAGAAAUCAGUCUUAAAAGAUUGAUGAAAUUCACAACUGUUUGGUUUCCCAAAAAUGAAAUAACCACAAAAAGUCUUUGGUCAGUUUUUGGCAGCCACAGUGAUCAAGGCAUAUCUUUUGUGUUCUUACAUCUAUGAAAAUACAACUUUUAAUUUUAAGGAGACAUGUUUUCUUGGUAACCAAUGCAAGAUUAAUUAACAUAAUUUAAACUCAAAAUUCAAUGAAAUUUUCUUGCUGCUUUUCAAAUGCAGAUCUUAUUUUGUACUCUUGGUAAACAUCAGGAGACUAUUAAAGAAAUCUGUUGUUAAAUUUAAAGAGAAUUCUCCCAAAUAUUUACUUACUAGCAUUGGAGCAGUACAGUUGUCCAGCAUAUGUCAUUUUGUUUAAUUCAUUGACCCCAUGGUUGCCAAAAGUGCCUCAGAUCAUGGUGGAUUGUUAACAUAACUAAAUUCCAGUGGUCAGAAAAAACUCCAGGUUUGCACAAGUUUUGUCUACUGUAGAGAAAAAGCACGAUUAAGUGCUGUACCACAUUUGAUAAAUAAAAUUAUACUAUUAACGGAAUAACCACUACUCCAUUAAUAGCGUAAUGUAUAAACAAUAUACUUAAAUAGAUUGGAGGUUUUAGCCACUAGUUUUAACAAUGGAAUCUUAAUUUGCCAAGAUGAUUACUGUUUCACAGAAAAGAAAGUAAUAUUUCUUUCAUUUCAGACUUCAGCUCACUUUUAACUACAAAAGAGUAGGUAAUAGAGCUAAGUAUUUUGCCUUAAGAUAGAAUAAACUCAGGCUGAGGUGUACUUGGCUCAUGGAGCCUUUCCUUUAGAUGUAUACGCUCUACAUACCCAAAACCUUUUUAAGUAAAGCCCUUAACUCCCAGUAGUACCUGCGAACUUGUGUCUUUGUUAGUACCCAGGAAUGUCCUAGAGUACCAGAUUCUUUUUAUCGGCUGUUGCAUCUGGAUUCCAUUACAGUCUCUCAGCUGUUACUGCCUGUGGAGGGUUACCUCACUUCUCUUCUCAGUUAUUCCUCAGGUCCUUGCUGUUUUGGCAUCAUUUGAGGGUUUCAGUGUCGUCUGUGAGGGUUUGUAAAUUUGUUUGAUUCCGUUGUUUCUCCCAGCCUCAUGCCUGUUGUUCAGUAUUUAUAUUUUCACUUACGAAGAUCAUUAAAGGGAAGUGAUAAUCUCAUAGUAAGACAUGGCAAAUAUUUCAGGUUCUUGUUGAUUUGAGAGAGGUAGCAAAGGGAUAAAAUGCAAAAUGCUUGUUUGUUCAGUACCUGAAAGGAAAGAUGUCCCAUGACAUACCACAUGUAUAUUUAAAUAAGGACACAUGUGCCUAUGUUUAUCUAUUCAUAUACCCAUAAGUUUAUGUACAUUGUAUCUUUGUUUUUUUCACUGAUGUAUUUCAAGUUAUAGGUUAAUUGUGUCAUUUAACUAUUUCUGAAUUUAAACAUAUUUAUAUACAGAAAGAACUUUAGAAAAUUCAUUAAUUUGGAUCUUCUAUUGACAGCCAUAAUCAUGGUGUUUAUAUGAUAUAAAGUCUUCUUGUUCAGUCAGGACCGUUCAUGACUAAAAUAUAACAAGCUUAAAUUUCUCAUUUGUGAGUAGGAGAUUAGCUUUUUAAAGCAGCAGACUAGGCAUAUUAUAUCUCACUAGACAAUUUCCAUGUAAGUGUAGUUAUCAAGUCCUAAAGUCUUAUUUAUUCUAACAGAAUAUUUCAUUUUAGGGCUAUAGAAAGGAUUCUAAUUAAACAUUUUAUAAACAACAGGUUGGGUCUUUAGCCAUUAUGGGUACAUAUAUAUACAGAUACACGCAUGCACGCGCACACACACACACACACACACACACACAUUUUGACAGAGUCUUUAUCAAAUCCUGAUGCACUUUAAACCCAAAUAACUACCAGAGAUGAGAAGGUAGGCUCUGUCUGAAGAUUAGGGAAAUUGAUGUUUCUGUCACUUGAGAAAAUGAAGGUCCUUUUGCCUCUCGAUUAUACAUUGCUCCUAUCAUGCUUGCAGCUUAUUUUAUUAGCUAGUAAAACAGCACAGCUUUAUUAGCACUGUUACUAAAAAUGAAGUUGUUUAUUGGCAGUUACAGUGUGUCCAAUUCGGCAAACUUCUGAGCUCUAGUACUAUAACAUUUUUAUUUAGAAUUUGAGUUUUGAGUAAGUUUUGUGCUUAUAAAAAUUACUCUUGGACCCUAUCAUUGAUAACUACAUCAAACAUAUAGACCGAAUGGUAAAAAUACUGAGUAAUUUCAGUGUUUCUAAAGCCUCAGUUGGAGUUACUAUUAUAACUUGGAACUGAUAAUACAAUAGAAAACUUUAACCUCUUUUUUCUGGAUCUUUUGCCAGAAAUUAAACAGGUUCUGCUAACUCUUCUUGGUUCUCACCAUAAUGAAAAUAUUUAGAACAGUGGUCCUAAAAAACCAUGUGUGCCUCGUUCACAUUGAUUUUGAGUCUCUUCAGUAUAUAUAGAUCAUGUAUUGAUUAGUCGUUAAUUUUUUUUUCAUAUUUCAGUCAGAUAAAUUCACAUGUAUAUAAUGGAAUACCUUUUCUUGAUUGAACUACACUACAAUCUACAUGAUUAUACAGUAAAGAAAAAUAAAGAGCUAUAUACUAGGCCUAGUAAAUUUGUUUGUUGUUGAUUUUCCUAUCACUUGUACAGAUGGUACACAUUUCCACCACACACACACACACACGCACACAUACUUAAUAAAGGCAGAUUAUCUAAUUUGUUCAUUCUCUAGUUUUACACUUAAUGCUUCAGACUUGUCAUUCAUAACACAGUAUAUUUAUAUCACCUCACUGCUCAUUAGCACCUCUUACACUAGUGGCCAGAAGGGAAAUAAAAGGAGAUAAAACUGAUUUUCAGUUUAGUUCUAGAAAGCUGUAGGGAAAAUGGAAGGAAUUGAUUCCUGAAUCCCAGGAUAAUUAAUCUGACCUGUAUUUUCAUCUUGGGCAUUAGGUCUGAGUGUAACAGCUUGCUUAUUAGGAGGUUUAGUGCAAAACUUUACAUUGCUGCAUUUGCAAUUUUAGUAACCUAUUAUUAAAAUCAGUUGGGAAAAAAAUUUUUAGUGUGUUGCAGCUUUUUAUGAUGAGGCAUCUGUUGAUUAUUUUUCAUCAUUUUUUUUUUUCAGUGUUACUAUCAUAGGAAACUAGAUACCUUGUGCAGUUUUUCAGGGGGAAGUCAAUUCGGAGAGCAUGACACACUUCCAGGAAGUAAUAAAAGUAUCUUUGUGUUAUGCAGGGCGCCUCGCGGUCUCAGAUAGUGGAGCGUGCAACUCUUGAUCUCAGGGUUGUGAGUUUGAGCCCACAUUGGGUGUGGAGAUUACUUAAAAAUAAAAUCUUUAAAAAAAAAAAAAGGAUAUCUUUAUAUUACUAAAUUAGACCCUGACAGAAAGCUUCCUUGCCUCCCAACGUAAAUGUAGAAGGUACUUUUAUAAAACAGAUGAUUUGGAGCUGAAAUUUCAUCUCACUCUUGUUGAACAGAGGGGACAACAUUACCAAGUCUGUAAUGGACUUCUUUUUUUACAUAUUACUCAUGCAUUUUUUCACAGUAAGUUUCAACAGCCUGAGGAAAUAGGAGGUCUGGGAGGCUAUUUGUGUCCUUUACGUUUAAUAAUGAUGAUAGGAAAGAAAAGUCAGGCCAGUAAUCCAAAUCUGAAUAUGUGUACUGUAAAUGCUCAAGAAUUCACAAUUUUGUGGUAAGUUAUAUUAUGAAUAUAGAAGACUGGAUUUUGUAUAUUAGUAACAGUUUUAGAACAGAAUGAAGUUUGGAAAUAGUGAGAAUAGACUAACUUGUUAUAUUAAUAGUAUAAACGUAACAGUACACCUGAAUCAAUAAUGUCUUUCAAAAGUUAGAUGAUAUUCUAAUGUACAUGUUGAUUACAUUGUCUGUAGUUGAAGAUUCUGAGUCAAGUACAGGACUUUCUAAAAGUGUUUGUUUUGGCAUGUUAUGCUGUCAAAAAUGACUAUGGUUUGAAAUGCCAAGUAACCAAUUUCUGACGAUUUUGUAUAGAACUUGAUAUGUAUGAGUCAGAAUUAUUCUGUAAUGAUUCUGUACCUUGUAACUUUGAACACUCGUAAAAAACAGUGUAAAUUUGUUUGCAUAUUUGAAUUUAAUCUUAAUUUAGGAAGUCUAAAAAUUAGCCAUUUUUGUAAAGUCCGUGUGCUAUUUUUUAAUGUUAUUUUUGCUUUUAGUAUUUGUAUAGUGGUAAUAUUACUAGCACCAGUAAAAGAUUUAUAGACAAAGCAUAGAACUAUUAACUAUUCAGAAGCCUAGAUUAUAGGCAUAUUUUGUAUUUCAUGUUGUACUUGUUUCAUAUUGGACUUUUUGCAUCCCUUUUACAGGAAAAAAACACAUUUGAAUUUUUUUGAGCGUAAAAAACUACAUUGAAAAAUAUAACUAUAUUCGUAUGGUUAGCAAAACAUGCUUUGCCACCAAAGGCUAAAUGAAACUGUAAAAUACCUCCAGAUAUUUGUGCCAAUGAAUUUUUCUUAACAUAUUGGGAUUAAAGCAGAAAUAUUAUUUUCAGUAUUUUACAUCUAGGACUUAUAUUAAAUAUGUAAAUCUUCAAAACUUAUAUUCCAUACUCUAAUGUUUCUUUGAAAACAUGUAAUGUACCAUAGUAUAUUCUAUUUUGUCUGAUUUCUGGGUUAAUGUUCUCUGGUUUUAGUGGGUUUAAAAGUUAGUUUACCCAAUAAUGAUCUUUUAUUAAUUAAUUGAAGUAAGCAUUUGAAGUAAUCUUGCUUUAUUUAUCACAGAUUCAUUCUGUGUUGUAAAACUUCAAGUUUUGUUGUACAGAUCAUUUUUUGGUACAGGUGUCUCUUAUUUAUGUAACAGUGUUUACUGUGAAAUUUGUCUUCUGUGUAUUUCCAUUACCUUUUUAAAUCACAUGUUUCAAAGGGGAAAAUUAUCUACUAGAUCCUAACUUAGUCCAAUGAGAUAAACAUUUCAAAACACAUAUUUUAACAGAAAAUAUAAACAAUCAAUGGUGUUAAUGCUGAAGUGUUAACAUUGAUGGGUGUUAUAUUCAUGAGAGAAAAGUAGAAAAAUGAUAGACUCAACAUUUUUAUCUGAUUCGAAUUCUUUAAUUUCUUCCCUCUGGAAAUUCUCAAAAGGAAUUUCAUUCCUUCAUAUUAUAGUUUUUCCCAUUGAAUCAUGUAAUUGAUUUAAUCAUUUAUUGUUUCUCUGCCCAGUAAUGCUGAUGCAGUUUGCAAAAAUAGCCUUGGAAGUAAAGAGGCAAGAGAAAACCAAAUAUUAAAAUGUUUGACUGUGGUGACGGUUUAUCCAGUUAUCUGGUAGUGACUGGAUAUUAGUAAAAAGAUGAUGUACAAGACCUAAAAUUUCAGUUAACAUUGUUUUUUGGAAUGAAUUUUUCCUCUGUGUUAAGUAAUUUUAUCCUAAGUAGGAAAUACCUGUAUUUUAAUAUAACUAUGCUGUCUACAGAAUUAAAUAUGUGUUUGUUGGAAUAUUGGUAGAAAUAAACUCUUCCUCCACUACAGAGGGGGAAACAAAACUUUCAAUUUUUAGUGUAUAUAAUUUAUGAAAUUGUAUUGUGUAUUUAUAUUUUUAAAAACAUAUAAAUGACUUUAAAUGUAUUAUUUUGAAGUAGUUGUAUUACAGUUUCUUAAACUUACGUGACUAACUUGCUUACAUAAAUGCUUACAUAAAUGUAGCAACGUACCCACGAGAAAAUAGACCAAAACUGGAUGCGUAUUAUCACUGUGACCUUGAACUUUUAGUUGUUUGGGAUAAAACAGACUGUGCCUUAAAAUGAUGAAAGAAUGCCCUGCAGUUUUUAACUAUAUUUAAUUAUGGGUCAUCUUCUCAACCUGGCACCAAACUUUUUUCUUUGAAGUUGGUUAAGUAAAAUUGUUAAAGUUGACUAGCAUUUCCUGUUUUGCUCUAGAAACCUUUAAUUUCCAGAGUUCUCAUUUUGAAUUAAAAUUGACUUACAUUUCAUAGGUGUAGCAAGUAAGUUUGGCUAAAGUUUCUGAAAAUAAAUUUAUUUUAGGAAAAUGUGGUGGCACUUCUGUUUUGUAUUUACACAUGGAAAAUUAAUAUUCAAGUAUAUUUCUUUGUCUUUUUAAUGAAUAAUCUAUCAAAGACAUGAAGUAAGACCUGUACUUAUUUUUCCUCAGAUUAUUGAGGCUCAUACUUGAAUAUUAGAGUUAGUUUACCCAAUAACAAUUUUUUAGUACUUAAACUCAGAUUCAUGCAGUAUAUUUUUAAAUAUUAUUUUCCCCCUUUUCUCUUUUUCUUUUUCCUUCCUAAUACUUAUUUUUAAGAUCUCAAGAAAGAACUGGCUCUAGUUGUUUUUGUUUUUAUUUUUUAAUGUAAAAACUUGGAUUUUUACUGUGCUUAUUUAAAAUAAUUUCUAUUAAGACAAAUUAUUCCAUUCAGAGGAUAUCAUGGUCUCUGCUAAAAGAUACCCCCAUCUGUGUGUACUCAGAAUUUGUUGUGUAUUUUUCAGUUUCAAUUUUGAAUGUAAACUCAACACAUUUCUUCUUCCCAUUUCGCCUUCACUACCUGCACCUAGAGACAAAAAUCUAGGAUUCUCUAAAAAUAGGUAGAAAGAAAACAUGUCUUUCCUUAGAACGUGGUAAAAUUGAGGUGAAAGUAGUUUGCCAAGGAAAUGUAAUAAAAUACAUGGCUGUCAACCUGCAUCUGUGUUUAUAGUAUAGUUAAAAAUUUAUAAAGGACAAACUAUGUAUUAUACUGAGAUAGACUCAGUAAUAUUUUAUUUGCAAAUUGAUACUUUUGUCCAGAAAAUGCAGUGUAUAGUAACAAUACUUAGUGCAAAGGAAUUUGUCCUAUGGCAUAUACUGGAAAAUGAUUGUCACCUUGCAGAUUUUUCCUUUUAAGCAUGCCUGAUCUUCUCCAGUGCUUUGUAUAAUAUAUGGUGUAUGAAAUACACAAAUGUGAUUUUGUGUGUAUUUUUUAAAUGAUAUAAGUAACAUUAUUACAUUUAACUGGUUGUAAUUCACAAAAAGUGCUAUUUAUUAUACUCUGUAGAGUGUUGUGUAUAUUUUCAUGUGUGUUUCGACAUUAUGGUGUGGAGUUUAAUGAAUAUUUGCCUUCAGUCUUUCCUCAGGUAUUAAUGUGUAGCAAUUUUUGGUGCUUUCUUUUUAAAUCUGUCAUAAUCUGGUGUUCUGAAUGUUCAACAAUAAAUUUGGUGAACAAGG